GGCCACGCCCCUGGCCUGUCAUAUAAGCGCGGCCAGGGGGCGUUCCCGGGAAUUUCCAGCCGCGCCUCCGCCGCGCUGCAGGGGCGCUGGGCGAGCUGGUCUCCGCCGCUCACGGGUUCGAGGCCAGGGUGGGCGUGCCAUGCUGUUCGACAAGGUGAAGGCGUUCGUGGUGCAGCUGGACGGCGCGAUGGCGGGCGCCGAGCCCGUGUUCCGCGGCGGCCAGGAGGUGGCGGGCCGCGUGCUGCUGGAGGUGGUGGGCGCGGCGCGCGUGGCCGCCCUGGCGCUGCGGGCGCGGGGUCGCGUGCACGCGCACUGGACCGAGUCCCGCAGCGCGGGCUCGAGCACCGCGUACACGCACAACUACAGCGAGCGGGUGGAGCUUGUGGGCCACCGCGCCACGCUGCUGGUGCCAUACACCGGGGAGACCACGACGCUGCCCGCGGGUCGCCACGAAUUCCCGUUUAUCUUCCAACUGCCAGU